AUGGCCGACGAGACAGCGGCUGAUGAGGCGCGCCUCGCCCGCUCACAACCCACCACCAGACCCAUCCCGACCUGCACGCCAGCGGAGAGGCGGCUCGGCGCCAUGCAGCGCCGGGCAGAGCAACCACCGCACCCCAUCGUCGUGCGGCGGCGCACGCACGCCGCAGGGGCCGCUCUCGCAGCGCAGCGCUCACCCUCACCGCUGCUGCUCCGGCAGGCGUCUGCCCGGACCUGGGCGCUUCUGCUCCUGCAGACGAAGCUGGCGGGCGAGGUGGCGAGGCACCGCCAAUGUGCCGAGGAGCUUCGCCACCUUGCGCGAGAGCAGGUGGCGCGCGAGGUGCGUAUUCAGAACCUCGAGCAGCAGCUGGCGCAGGCCGUAGCGGCAUGCCGCUAUGAUGCGCGCAGAGAGAGCCGUGAGAUUGCGCUGCGCGUCGCGCCUCUCCUCCUGGGCGACAAGGAACCGCGCCCGUUUCAGCUCGACGCGGCAUGCGCGCUCUUUGACGGGCGACAUACUUUCGUGCUCCGGAAGGCAGGCGAUGGGAAAAGCGUGUGCUAUCAGCUUGCCGCGCUCAUGCGGCCGCCCACGCCAAAGCCUGCGCCGCCCAAGCUUACCCUCGUCGUGAUGCCGCUGGUGGCUCUCGCGUGGGAGCAGGCGGACGAGCUCAACUCGCGCAUACCCUACCUGGCCAGCGAUGGUUUGCCCCGGAAGCUCGCGCACGUCCUCGACGGCGCGUCGCAGAGCCUCUUUGCCGGCGCGGAGGACGGCCCCGAGCCUUCCCGCGAGGAGCUGAUCCGCUCGCUGAGCGGCCAGGCGAGCCUUCCCCGUGGCUCGCCUGAGGAUCACCUCCUCGAGCGGCUGCAGGAGACGCUGCCGGGCGGAGACGCUAUGAGCACGGUCCUCUUUGUGUCGCCAGAGAAGCUGGUGCGCAGUCGAGCCCUGCACGCUCUGCUCCGCAUCGCGUACGAGGAGGGCUGGUGGCGCUGCGUCGCCAUCGACGAGGCGCACUGUGUGGACGAGCACGGCCUUGAGUUUCGGCACGACUAUCGGCUGCUAGGGGCGCUGACGGCGGUCUUCCCGGAGCUCACGUACAUGCUGCUCACCGCCACCGCCUCUCCCGUCACAGUGCAGUCCCUCUGUAUCACGCUCGGCAUCGAGACGGACCCGGUCGUGGUGCGUGGCACAACACGGCGCGAGCAGACGGCCUACACCUGUAUCGUGUGUGAGGACGGCCCGCAAAAGCUCCGCUCGGUCACCUUCGCCGUCGAGGCGGCGCACAGGGGGGGAAAGAGCACGAUGGUCUACACCAACUCGCGCCGCGGCACUGAGCGACUGGCCGGCUCCUUCCGAGAGGUGUGCGGGCUGCCGGAAGCUGCCCCCGACGGCGAGCCUUGCAUCAUCGAGGCGUACCAUGGUGCAUGGGCCAUGGGCCAUGGCUGUGGCACCGACUUCCCGAAUGAGUACGGUUGA